ACCUUCUUGAAUACUUCAAGAAAUGGCACUUCAAGUCUUCGUAUUUGUCGUUGUAGCCUUUUGAUCUUUACUUGAAUAAAUUGUGUUUGUCAAUUAUCAAAACCUGUGAGUCAACACUUAACAACACAGAAAGGGUUGAACUCAUGCAUUCCAACACACCACCUAUCCCAUUCACUUCCCCCGUGAACCCUGUUCUUGUUUUCCCUCCCAAUUUCCCCGGACCCAUGGAUCCGAUGUAUUCCCAGGCUCUUCAGAGUUUUGGACAUUUCAUGUCCAUGUUUCAGCAACCGGGAGGAUUUUCACCUUUCAUUCCGGGAUUGUACCCACAAUCCUCGCCUCAAACUAACGUCAUUCGCCCGAUCUUCCUGACAAACCUAAUCGGGGAGAUGGAUAAAGCAGUCCAUAGCAAGGAUGAGGACUGGGACGUUCCCCAAUCACUCAAGAAGUUGAAGGGAAAAGCUGUCCAACCUGAAGGGUCCAGGAGGUCGGCCUUUCAGAGACUUGGCCAUGAUGGCCGAAAUCAGAACUGGUUAGCAAAAGAGCGGCUUGGGGUAGAAACCAUCCCAGCUAGUACCUUUAAUCGUGCAGGGAGAGGAGCCGGACGACCUGGUCAGACCAGGCGAACGGAACCACCCGCACGCGAUGAGCCCCAGCACAGCCGGGCGCCGCGAGAGGAAGAAGCCGAAAGCCACCCCAGGCACACGACCCGUUCUCAUGUUGAACAACCUCGGGAUCGUGUGGGCCGGGUCGAGGCACGUCUGGAGAAACUACAACGCCGGGUAGACCGGGAAGAAAAGAAGAAGAUCCUGCUGAACGAAUCUCCGUUCACAGACCGGGUUCAUGAAACCCCAUUUCCAAAGAAGGCAAAACUCGAGGUCCCGAAGUUCACCGGGAAGGAGGACCCGGAAAUUCACGUCAAAACUCUCCAUCAAAGCGGGCGGAUAAUGGGUCUUUCCGGGGAUGAGAAAUGUUUGCUUUUCUUUCAAACCCUUCGCGGCCACGCCGCUGAGUGGUUUCAUAACUUACCGGCCAGUGAAAUCGACUCUUUCGAUGAACUGGCUGAGGUGUUUCAAGAAAAGUUCAAAGAAAACUGUACAAAGAGGAAAAAAUUUACCUACUUGAGUACAGCCGGGCAACGAGAGCACGAGGAUCUGACAAAAUUCCUUACCCGGUGGAAGGAUGAGGUUGACAAGGUGGAAGAGAUGGACGACAAAACAGCCAUUGUGAAAGGAGUAAUAAAACAGAUGAUUGAGGCCGGUGAGAUUGAUCCGGAAUAUUUGGCUCAGGCCAAGCAAAAGAAGAACCAGUGGGUCAGACCUGAAGGACAACCGGCCGAGCAAAACAAAAAGAAGAAAACAGCUGGUAAGGAGCACUUGCAAGUCAUCUACGGCGGACCAGAAGGGGAAGAUCACAAUGACCGGGACCUUCCCGCCACCGGAGAAGAUCACAAUGACCCCCUGGUGAUAACUAUGGACAUGGGUGGAGUUGAUGUCUCCCGGGUACUCGUUGACACGGGCAGUAGUGUUAACGUAUUGUACUUGGAUGCAUUUGAGAAGCUCAAGUUAUGUCAAACACGGCUUGAGCCCUUAAAGACUCCCCUGUCUGGGUUUACCGGGGACUCAGUCGAAGUUGAAGGGUCGAUCCUUCUAACCUGUGAACUGGGCACGGGCGACCAGGUCGUCCAAAAACAAAUGAGGUUUGUGGUCGUGAACAUCAACUGUGUUCACAAUGCCAUUCUGGGCCGGCCUGGAAUAAACAUAGUCCGUGGGGUCAUCUCCAUGGCUCAUCUCUGUAUGAAAUUCUAUUCCCCGGGCGGUAUAGGACAAGUCAGAGGGGAUCAAAAGAAGGCCCAGCAUUGCUAUUUGGAAGCUGUAAAGAAAAUGACAAAGGCGUUUGAGAGAGUCACUUUGGUCUCUCAGGAGGAAGACCGGUCGAAACUAGAACCGGGCGAUGAAAGUGAGCAGAUUGUUCUACGGGAAGCUUUCCUAGAAAGAAUGGUACGAAUUGGAGGAGAUCUGCCCGGAGGACUUCGAGAUGAAAUCAUCUCAGUUCUUCGGGAAUAUGCAUAUAUUUUCGCCUGGAGUGUGGCGGACAUGCCGGGCAUUGACCGCUCUGUUAUAUUCCAUCGUUUGGCUGUGAUGGAACGGAGCCGGCCUGUGAAACAGAAGAAGAGGCACUUGGCGAACGUCCGGAGGGACUUUGUGAAAAAAGAGGGUCAAGCUUUGGCAGACUUCCUCGUUGAACUGACCGGUCUAGAGCCCGAAGCCGGACCUUCCCAUACGGUCGAACCGUGGUGGGAUAUGGCCGUUGAUGGAGCCUAUGGACCGAAGGGAUGCAGGGCCGGCGUAGUCUUCACUACCCCGGAAGGAUUCAAGAUCUACCAUGCCUUGAUCUUUAACUUCAAGCUCACCAACAAUGAGGCGGAGUAUGAGGCGUUGGCCGGUGGCCUCAGAUUAGCCCGGACACUCGGAAUAAAAAGGAUGAAGAUCCGUUCCGACUCAAGUCUAGUGGUUGGACAGGUCUAUGGUGAGAUGGAAGUAAAAGAGGAUCGCCUGGCCCGGUAUACUGAUCUUGUCCGAGCGCUUCUAAGGGAAUUAGAAGAGUUUCGUCUGACUAGGAUACCCCGGUUGGAAAACGCUGAUACAGAUAUGCUUUCAAAAUUGACGCAAGCUUGCCCAGAGCAUGUGUCAAAGUUGGCGAAAAUUGAGAUCCUGGACGUGCCGAGUACAGACCGGUUUGAAGUCGCGGCCAUCCAACCCGGCCAGACUUUAGCGACCGGGAUAAUCGGAGCAGAUGAUGACUGGAGGUAUGAACUCUUGGAGUAUCUGGAGACCGGUCAGAAGCCAGAUGACGAGGAACGAGCCUGGAAAGUAGUCCUACGGGCUCCACGAUUCCAGGUAAUCGAUGGUCAUCUAUACAAACGUGCCAUUGGCGGACCACUCUUGCGUUGCUUGACCAACCCGGAGGCUGAACGGGUAAUAGCUGAGGUGCAUGAGGGACUUUGUGCAGCCCAUCAAAUGUCCCGCACUUUAGCUCAAAGGAUAAUCCUGCUAGGCUACUACUGGCCGACCAUUGUUGGGGAUUGUGAAAGGUAUGUCCAGAGAUGUAGAACGUGCCAGAUCGAGACUGAAGCAAUGGCCACCAUAACCGUACGGCAGUGUGAGAAAUUUGUUUGGAAGAACAUUAUCACCCGGUUUGGUGCCCCAAAAAUCAUUGUCACCGACAACGGUCCACAGUUUCGCAAUCCUCGGUUCACUGCGUACCUUGCUAGCUUCGGGGUCAAGCACAGCAAGGCCUCGGUAGCAUAUCCACAGGGAAAUGGCCAAGUCGAAAACGCUAACCGGACAAUUGUGGACGGUCUAAAAAAGAGGCUGGGUGAGGAAGGACACAAGUGGUUAGAAGCCUUGCCUCACACGGUCUGGGCGCAUAGAGUGACUUCAAGAAGAGCAACUGGAGAGACUCCUUUCGUGCUCACUUAUGGAUGCGAAGCCCGGUUACCAGUAGAGGCAGAAAUUCCGACAUUUAGAGAAACCGUCUACCAGCCCGGUCAGAAUGAGGUCGACCACCUCGCUGAACUAAAUCUGGUGGAAGAACGAAGGACCAUAGCAGCUGUCAAGAUGGCCGGUUACCAGCAGUCAGUAAAACGGUAUCAUGACAAGCGGGUAGGCCCGCGAUACUUCCAAGUGCAUGAUGAAGUUUUGCGCAGAAGGGGUGCUAGUAAGCCUAAUGAGAGGGGCAAGCUGGCACGUAACUGGGAAGGGCCCUAUCGUGUAAAAGCAAUUGUCAGACCGGGCACUUAUCAGUUGGAGACUAUGGAAGGUGGCCGGGUCGAUCGACAUUGGAACUCUCACCACUUGCGUAAAUUUUUUAGAUAGUGUAAUGAGUUCCCGGUCAUUAAUAAAACUUUGUUCUUUUC